CACCUGCUGCCCUGUAGGAAGGGCAAGAGCAAUUCUAGGCGGUGCACAGUGAGGAGUCUCCACCCCUCCUCCUGCGCUUCCUUCUCCAGGGCGCCUCUCAGGCCCCGCCCUCACCUGCCCAAGAUAAUUUUAGUUUCCCUGGGCCUGGAAUCUGGAUACGCAGGGCUCGCUCCAUAUUCUCCCGCCUCAACAUCCAAAGGCGGGCUAACCCUCCUACCACCUGUAGAGAAGAGAGAGAGGGUUCGAAAUCAAAUCCAAGGGUCUGGGACCUCUAGACAGAGCCAGCCUUUGGGUCCCGGUGUCCCGCUCCUUCUGCUGGAGUUCCUCCAGGUGCCAUGGAACUGGAUCUGAGCCCGUCUCAUCUCAGCAGCUCCCCAGAAGAUGUGUGCCCAACUCCCGGGACCCCUCCUGAGACUCCUCCGCCCCCUGAUAACCCUCCGCCCGGGGAUGUGAAGCGGUCUCAGCCUUUGCCCAUCCCAAGUAGCAGGAAACUUCGAGAAGAGGAGUUUCAGGCAACCUCUCUACCCUCCAUCCCCAACCCCUUCCCCGAGCUCUGCAGCCCACCUUCACAGAAACCCAUUCUUGGUGGUUCCUCCGGUGCUAGGGGGUUGCUUCCUCGAGACUCCAGCCGCCUCUGUGUGGUGAAGGUGUACAGUGAAGAUGGAGCCUGCCGGUCUGUGGAAGUGGCGGCAGGCGCGACGGCUCGCCAUGUGUGUGAGAUGCUGGUGCAGCGAGCUCACGCCCUGAGCGAUGAGAACUGGGGCCUGGUGGAGUGCCACCCCUAUUUGGCUCUGGAGCGGGGUUUGGAGGACCAUGAGUCUGUGGUGGGAGUGCAGGAGGCCUGGCCUGUGGGUGGAGACAGCCGCUUCAUCUUCCGGAAAAACUUCGCCAAGUAUGAACUCUUCAAGAGCCCUCCGCACACCCUGUUCCCAGAAAAGAUGGUUUCCAGCUGUCUGGAUACACCAACAGGCAUAUCCCAUGAAGACCUCAUCCAGAACUUCCUGAAUGCUGGCAGCUUCCCUGAGAUCCAGGGCUUCCUGCAGCUUCGGGGAUCAGGCCGGGGGUCAGGUCGAAAGCUUUGGAAACGAUUCUUCUGCUUCCUGCGUCGGUCUGGCCUCUAUUACUCGACCAAGGGCACCUCUAAGGACCCGAGACACCUACAGUACGUGGCAGAUAUAAAUGAGUCCAAUGUGUAUGUGGUGACCCAGGGCCACAAGCUGUAUGGGAUACCCACCGACUUCGGCUUUUGCGUCAAGCCCAACAAGCUUCGAAAUGGCCACAAGGGCCUCCACAUCUUCUGCAGCGAGGAUGAGCAGAGCCGGACUUGCUGGCUGUCCGCCUUCCGGCUCUUUAAGUACGGGGUACAGCUGUAUAAGAAUUAUCAGCAGGCCCAGUCUCGUCACCUGCGCCUAUCGUAUUUGGGGUCUCCACCCUUGAGGAGUGUCUCAGAUAAUACCCUGGUGGCCAUGGACUUCUCUGGCCAUGCUGGGCGUGUCAUUGACAACCCCCAGGAAGCUCUGAGUGCUGCCACGGAGGAAGCCCAGGCCUGGAGGAAGAAGACGAACCACCGCCUCAGCCUGCCCACCCCGUGCUCCGGCCUGAGCCUCAGUGCAGCUAUCCAUCGCACCCAGCCCUGGUUUCAUGGACGAAUCUCCCGGGAGGAGAGCCAGCGGCUAAUUGGACAGCAGGGCCUGGUGGAUGGUGUAUUCCUGGUCCGGGAGAGCCAGCGGAACCCACAGGGCUUCGUUCUGUCUCUGUGCCAUCUGCAGAAAGUCAAACAUUAUCUCAUCUUGCCAAGCGAAGAUGAAGGCUGCCUUUACUUCAGCAUGGAUGACGGCCAGACCCGUUUCACGGACCUGCUGCAGCUGGUGGAAUUCCACCAGCUGAACCGAGGCAUCCUGCCCUGCUUGCUGCGCCACUGCUGUGCCCGUGUGGCCCUCUGAGGCCACACAAGCUGUUACAACCAUGGGGCUGCUUAUCACCCUUCUGCUCCGUUCAGUGGACUCGGUGCAGAUGGGUGGGAUGAUAAACAGAUGAAGAGCUCCCCCCACUUUUCUCCCAUUUUUUUUUUUACCUCCCUCAGGUAAUGAAACAUCCCCCAACCCUGUCCAUCCCUGACUCCUGUCCCCAAGGGAGGCAUUGUGGUCCUCUCCCCUUGGUAGAGCUCCUGAGGCAGUGAAGGGCAUUAUGAGAGGAGUAGGGGCAGCCUGGGUGGUCUCAUGCCCCGCCCACACUCUGUACAGACUGAGAGGCCAGUUGAUCUGCUCUGUUUUAUACCAGUGACAAUAAAGAUUAUUUUUUGAUACACCCA